AUGGCGUAAACUUGAUGGCUGAUAGUGCAAGCAAAGCAACCCUUCCUCUUUUCUCUCUCUUUCUCUCUCUCUCUUUCUAUAAGCUCUUGCUUUACUGCUUCACUAUCAAACCAACCUCCAUUUUUCAAAUCCUCUUCAACUAGUGUGUAUCUCAUGCAUCAUCGCUAGUAGUUCAUUCCCAUGCCCUAAAUUCUCAUUCCUCCUCUUUAAUUUCCUCUCUUCUUCUUCUUCUGCCUUAGUUAAUUAACAAGCUAGCUAAUUAGGGCAAAACACUGGAUUAUUCUACCUCUCUCUUCAGUGGAUGUGUUUCUUGGCUUUGCUUUUCAAACAUAGAUAGUAUAUAGGGUUUGAAGAACAGAAUGGAACUUUCGAGUCAAGAAGGAGAUAUACCAAUCGCAGUAAACACCACCGCCAAUUAUGGUGGCAAUGGCCAUGGCGCCCACAUCAACAUUCACCACACCCAAAACCCUUCCAAUGGCUCCUCUAUGCACCCGCUCGAUAAUGGACCCUACAAUAGCAAGCAGGAGGAGGAAGAGGAGGAGGAGGUGGUGGUGCCGCUCGUCAGGUACAGAGAGUGCCUCAAGAACCAUGCCGCCGCCAUGGGAGGAAAUGCCACCGACGGUUGUGGCGAGUUCAUGCCAAGCGGAGACCACGGCACCAUGGAAGCCCUCACCUGCUCCGCCUGCCGCUGCCACAGAAACUUCCACCGAAAGGAAAUCCAAGGGGAGCCCUCAGCCCCACCCCCGCCCUUGCUGGAGUACCACCACCACCACUUCAACACCGCCACCAGGCACCUCGCCGCUUCUAGAAAGUUCCUUCACAAGAACAUGCACCAUCAUCAUCAUCUCGGUUACCCUACUGCUGGCGGCGGUAACAUCCUUCCGUCGAGAACGGUGCCCCCGGCGCAGAUGAUAAUGCCCUACAACAUAGGCCCCAUGCCGUCGUCGGAGCACUCGGACGAGCAGGACGAGCGGGUGAAGAAGAAGCGGUUCAGGACAAAGUUCAGCCAGGAGCAGAAGGAGAAGAUGCUGGCUUUUGCUGAGAAGGUUGGUUGGAAGAUUCAGAAGCAAGAAGACUCGGUUGUUCAGAACUUCUGCAACGAGAUUGGAGUCAAACGCAGAGUCCUCAAGGUGAUGAAGACAUACAUGGAGUUAAUAUUAUUAGAGCCUGAUGGAUGAGAUACUGUGUGCGUUUAUUAAACAAGAUUUAUUUAUAUAUACAGGGCCUUUAAUUAAUUUGCUUAUUACUACUUUACAUAUGUUUCACCUACCUUAGCUUAUACUAUCUAAUGCUACUGUGUUUCUGUUAGUUAUUAACUAGAUAUUUCACAAGUCUUUAAUAAUAAAGCCAUGAACAAAUUAUUGGAUAAUGGAUAAGUAAGCAGUAAUAAUUUCGUUAUUUAGGUGAAGAUUUUCCUCAGGAUAAGCUUGCAUUGUGAUGAUAAAUAUAAACUUUCCCUAGCUAAUGUGUACUUGUAGAGUGUAUGUAAAAACACUAAAUUACACUGACAUCUACUAAUUAAUAUUUGAUUGUUUUAACAUA